GUUAGUUCACACUCUUCCAGGGCACAGAGAAGCAGUGCUAGGCAAUGUCUCCGCCGCACUGAAAACGAUAUGGCUACUCAGGGCAGGAAGGUGGCUGUCCUGUGGUUUUGGCUGCUGUGUGUAGCUCCUUGCUGUUCUCAGGAGCCAGUGGACCCAGGGGAUAGAGAGGCCUUCCAGCCCCAGAGCGCUCUAUCUGACAUGGAGUUCACCACAGUGAGCUCGUACCGUGGCCCUGGAAACAACGACUCGCGCAGCAACAAGGAGCUGCCCAUCCUGCUGUGGUGGAGUGCGGGCCUGUUCCCGCACUUCCCCGGUGACAGAGAGCGGAUUGACUGUGCCCACUCGUCCUGUCUGGUCACACGCAACCGCAAAGUGCAGCUUCACCGCCGCACCGUCUCCAUCAUCUUCUACGGGACAGACUUCCGGGCGUAUGAGGCCCCCCUACCCCGACUACCCCACCAGACCUGGGCGCUGUUCCACGAGGAGUCACCCAUGAACAACUAUGUCCUGUCACACAGCCCUGGGAUCCGGCUCUUCAACUACACCGCCACCUUCCGCAGGGAAUCGGACUACCCCCUGACGCUGCAGUGGCUGCCCUCGCUCGAAUACCUGCUGAGCCCGACCGCCGUCUCGCUUCAGGAGAAGAACCGUUGGCGCAGGGCGGGGCUGGCCCCAGUGCUCUACAUGCAGUCCCACUGCGACGUCCCCUCCGACCGCGACCGUUACGUUCAGGAGCUCAUGACGUACAUAGAGGUUGACUCGUAUGGGAAGUGCCUCAACAACAAGCCCCUGCCCGAGCGUCUGGAGGACACUGGCACGGCGACAGGAGAGGACAGCCAGUUCAUGAGUUUCGUUGCCCGCUACAAGUUCCACUUGGCGAUGGAGAAUGGCCUGUGCCUGGACUACAUGACGGAGAAGCUGUGGCGGCCGCUCCACCAGGGCUGUGUGCCUGUUUACCGUGGGUCGUCCUCUGUGGCUGACUGGCUGCCUAACGACCACUCCGCCAUUCUCAUCGACGACUUCCCUUCCCCCCGUGAGCUCGCCGAGUAUCUUCGAGCUCUGGACAGUGACGACAGCGAAUACGCCCGCUUCCUGGAGUAUAAGGACCCGGGGCAUGUCACCAACACUCGCCUGCUGGAAGGGCUGCAGAACCGGGAGUGGGGUGUGAAUGACAUGAGCAAGCCCAACUACCUCAACGGCUUUGAGUGCUUCGUGUGUGAUCAGGAAAACCAGCGGUUGGCGGGCCAGCGAGCCCAUCGUCGGGCUCCCGAACAGCACCCCCUCCCCCCACCCAGGAUGGCCAGCAGCUCCCACAUGGGCUGCCCUCUACCCACCCCUGGUUACGGAAAUAUUGAGGACAUUCCCUCCAGUGAUGGCUGGCUGCAAAUGUGGCCACAGGACUACUGGCAGAGCCUGGAUCAGGCAGAGGGUCUGGUUUCUCUGCUCCAGCACAAUGAAUCGGACCCUUCGCUGCUGUGGCACCACAUCCAGGAGCUUGCAGUGAAGAGGACAAGGGGUCAUUGAGGGUGGGACAAAGGGGAGCACAUCCUCGCCCCUUAAAACUGUAUAUUGCCCCUUGCUCAGAUGCCAGGCUUGCCAGCGGACCCUGAAAAUAAGUGACAAUUCUCAAGACUGGGAACUAUUUUAAAUUAUAUCAUGUUAUUUGCAGCAUAGUGGACUGGUCUGAAAGCAAUAGUUGUGAGAAAAUGUAUCAGCGGUGGGUUGAGAAGAGGUGCAUGAGGCCGCAGUGUUACGUCACACACCCUACUGCCAGCCAGCCAACCAAAUGCACUCAGCUAAGCACACAGCUAGUUGACUCUCUGAAUGACUGGUUUAUUGUCAUAGAUGAGUGGCAUUUUGACUAUAAACUCAGGAGACAGUCAUUUAGUAAGGCGCAGAUGU